UGAAAUGUCGCCCGGUGUGUGUAGCCGGAAGUUGCUGUGCGUCACUCCUGACGCUGGCGUGGACUUCAUUCGUGUUGGAAACAGAAAUGCAGACAGACGUCCUGAUCAGUAGAGAGACUACCGAUCAUUAUAAACACUGAACCGACAGACACCAGUCAUGGCGAGCGAGUCCGUGAGUGUGCUGUUCAAGCUCUACUGUCUGACCGUCAUGACUCUGGUCGCUGCCGCCUACACCGUGGCUCUCAGAUACACCAGGACCGUGUCCUCGGAGCUGUACUUCUCCACCACCGCAGUGUGUCUGACCGAGAUCAUCAAACUACUGCUGAGCCUGGGGAUGCUGCUCAGGGAGACGGGAGGCUUGGGUCGGUGCAGAAGUGCAGUGGUCAGUCACAUUUUCAGGAGUCCAGUGGAGCUGUUGAAGCUGAGCGUGCCGUCGGUCGUCUAUGCCAUCCAGAACAACAUGGCCUUCGUGGCCUUAAGUAACCUGGAUGCUGCCGUCUAUCAGGUGACGUAUCAGCUGAAGAUCCCCUGCACGGCCCUGUGUACGGUGCUGAUGCUCAGCCGCUCUCUGAGCCGCCUGCAGUGGUUCUCCGUCUUCCUGCUGUGUGGAGGAGUCACGCUGGUGCAGUGGACGCCGCCGCUGUCCACCAAAGUCCAGGUGGAGCAGAACCCGUUCAUGGGCUUCAUGGCGAUCGCGGUGGCGGUGCUCUGCUCAGGGUUUGCAGGUGUGUACUUCGAGAAGGUCCUGAAGAGUUCGGACACGUCUCUGUGGGUGCGAAACAUCCAGAUGUACCUGUCGGGAAUCGUGGUGACCCUCAUAGGGGUCUUCAUGACAGACGGGGCUCAGGUCAUGGAGAAAGGCUUCUUCUACGGAUACACGCCGUGGGUCUGUUUAGUCGUCUUUUUGGCCAGCGUGGGAGGAAUGUACACGUCUGUGGUGGUGAAAUACACCGAUAACAUCAUGAAGGGCUUCUCUGCGGCCGCUGCCAUCGUCCUGUCCACCGUGGCGUCCGUCGUUCUCUUCGGCCUGCAGAUCACGGUGACGUUCCUCACAGGAGCACUGCUGGUGUGUGUGUCCAUCUAUCUGUACGGUCUGCCCAAACAGGACACCAGCAGACUGCAGAAGCCCAGCGCAGACAGAGACAAGCAGAAGCUGAUCAGCGUCUGAGGAAGGACCGCUGAGGGACAUGGACGGACUACACUACAUCAGGAGAAGUGUUUGGAGAGCUCUGUGCCGCCGGGGAAGGACUGGAACACUUUGUUUUUAUCUUAUUUUUAUUCUUUCUGUAUAAUUUCAUUUGUAGUUUUGAUGCCAAAACGCUAAAUGUACAUGUGCACUUCACACAGAUCAGUGUUGGGAUUCCCAAUGUUAUUUGUUCAAGUGUUCUUAAGUAUUGCUGUAAGCUGGAGAGCUUUGGAUCGCCGGAGCAGACGUUGAAUCCUGUGUUUAGGGUCACCUCUUGAUCCGGGACAGGCUCUGUGUGAGGCUGAGCUUUGCUCUUAUGGACCGAUGUGUCUGAAGCCGCAGACAUGAUUAACAUGAGACGGUCAAGCUGCCCGUCCUGUUCUACAGUAGAUCUGUUCACAUGAAUCAGGCCCAAUCAAUCUUCAUAUAUAAAAUCAUAUUCCUUUACAUGUGCAUUACAUUUAGAAAUGGAGAAAGACACUGCGAAAAUGUUACUGACAGCAGAGUUGAUGCCCCAUUUCAAAAUCUAAAAAUGUAGGAAAUAUUAAAAUAUGUAGAUGUGUGUCACAGCACUGCAGUUAUUGUUUCUCUGAGAACACUGGAUGAAUCACAAGUCAUUUAAAGAUGCUCAAAGACGUAAAACAUGAUGUGGUGUGCUUUACCAAGAAUGAACAAACGCCGAGGUAAAAGACUUUAAUUUAGAGAUUAACAAAGAGAGAUUCACAUCUUCUCCACCGGCGUGAUCCCCAGAAUCCUCAUGCCGUUGGCCAGGACGGAGCGGACGGCGCUGAACAGACACAGCCGGGCCUGAGGACAAGCAGGACUUCAUCAUCAGCACAUCACUGAGAUAACUGCACAUGCUGGCGAUCCGAAACCUUACAGGUGUGUUUACCUGAGCCACGGCUGCUGGACUUCCCUUCACGGGCAGCUCUCGAUGAGCCACGGCCACCAGGUGACUGAGAACACAGAAGACCCUGAUCAGAAGCGCGGUGUGUCUUCAUGAACCCUGAUCUGUUUAUAUCUGUGCCUGUUAUGUACGGUUCACUUUCACAGUUUCUACAGAGAGAUGUUGCUCUGUACAAUCUCCAUAUUACAUUCAUGCAAAGAGGACAGAACAUUACUGUGAGUGCCCGAUGAUCAGAUUUAUAAUCCAUGUGCACGAACAUCAUCAGUCAUAAUCAGAAGUGGGAAUCUGCAGUUUAAUUUUUCAGAGUUGAGGUGUCAAUGAAGAAAUAAUGCAGAUGCUGUAAAUGGCACAGCAUCUGUAUUAAUGGUACAUCUGUUAAAACAAAUGAUUUUUUUUUAUUUAUAAUAAAACUAUUUCAACACUCUGUUCA